GCUGAUGAUUUGCUAGCAAUGCAAAAUUGUAAUAUAAUGAAUCUUCCCGAAAAUUAUCAAAUGAAAUAUUAUUUUUAUCAUUUGUUAUCAUGGCCACAACUGUCCUUUGUAGCUGAAGAUCAUAAAGGAAGAAUUGUUGGUUAUGUUUUGGCUAAAAUGGAAGAAGAUCGUGAAGAAGAACCACCACAUGGUCACAUAACAUCUCUUUCAGUUAUGAGAACUUAUCGAAGAUUAGGUAUUGCGGAAAAAUUGAUGACUCAAGCCCAAAAGAACAUGGUAGAAGUAUUUAACGCACAAUAUGUUUCUCUUCAUGUUCGUAAAAGUAAUCGUGCUGCUUUACAUCUAUAUAAAGAUACCUUGAAGUUCAG